AUGUCUCUACCUCCAUCUCACGCUCAGAUUUUGAUAGUAGGCGGGGGACCUGCGGGUUCCUACGCUGCAGCCGCUCUGGCUCGGGAGGGUUUCCACGUUGUACUCUUUGAGGCAGCAGUAUUCCCGAGAUACCACGUCGGCGAAAGCCUGAUACCUUCGGCUCGACACCAUCUGAGCUUCAUUGGCGUGGACCACAAAGUCGAAGCGGCUGGCUUUACGGUCAAGCCUGGCGCCGCCAUGAAGUUUACGCAGCACAAACAAACUGGCUACACCGAUUUCAUCGCUUUGGGAGCAGAUCGAUACGUGUGGAAUGUCUGCCGUGCCGAUUUCGACGACCUAUUACUCAAGCACGCCCAAGAGGAAGGCGUUCUCGUCUUCCAGCGUACCAAGGCCACCGGUGUAUCUUUCAACGAUUCUGGACGACCGAUCUCGGCUACGUACACUACGGCCAUGGAUUCUGGUCCGGGUUCAGAUAUCUCAACGGAACGAAUCAUUACUUUCGACUACCUUAUUGACGCGUCGGGUCGCGCGGGCAUCCUCUCCACGCGAUAUCUCAAGUCACGCAAUUACAAUAAGGCGCUUAAGAACGUGGCGACAUGGGCGUAUUGGCGCGGAGCUGGUACUUACGGCGCCAAUACUCCCGCCGCAGGCGCACCGUUGUUUGAAGCUUUGUCUGACGAGUCUGGUUGGGCAUGGUUCAUACCUCUACAUGGCGGGCUAACGUCCGUUGGUAUCGUGCGCGACCAGCAAGCGCUAACCUCCCGCAAACCCUCUUCGCCAACAGAAAGCCUUCCGAGCUCCCUUCACGUGGCACCUCGUCCACCGACGACACCUGAGCGUACUACGCGCGCUCGAGGCUAUUCCCUCCUCUCUCCUUCCACGCCUAUCAGUCCAUUGUUCGCAAGAUUCGCUACCAAUACGCCGAGUACUGCUCCAUCUACCCCGCCACCAAUCCCAUCCCCUGUGACCAUGCCUAAACUUCGCCUGGAAACGACCCCGCCCCUCAACGCAGCACCUUCGAGCCCCAGUUCGUCUUACGAUGGUCGCCCACUUGAUCUGCCCUUCUCUCCUGGAGGGUCUCUGGCUGGUGAUCGCAGGGGCUCAGCCGCAGACGUCGGGGAUGGCGCUUCCCAGAGGACUGGCGCGAAGCGGUACCUGCAUGCACUUGACUUAGCACCUACUAUUAAGGAACUUCUCGGGCCGCAGGCGGAAUUGAGCAGGCAUGGUGAUCCCAGCCGGGCCGCUCGCGCUACCGAAGAUGCGAGCACGGGUACGGAUGCGUGGGAGGACGCAUUCAUACGCACGGCGAGCGACUUCAGCUAUUCUGCGGCGUCAUACGCAGGCGAAGGAUACCGCAUCGUAGGCGAUGCUGGUGCAUUCAUUGACCCGUUCUUCUCGUCGGGAAUACACCUAGCCAUGACAUCUGGGCUCUCUGCUGCCGCAUCCAUUGCGUCGGCGAUCCGGAGUGAGGUCGCCGAAAGCGACGCGAGCUCAUGGUAUACAUCUCGGGUCACCGUAUCGUAUACAAGGUUCUUGGUUGUCGUGCUCAGUGCCUAUAAGCAGAUGCGUUCACAGAGCGCUGAUGUUCUGAACGAUGUCGGAGAGAACAACUUUGACCGCGCAUUCAGAACACUCCGGCCCGUGAUUCAAGGCAGCGCGGACCUCGGACCGUGCGCUACCGAAGAGGAAAUCCAACGCGCUCUCGACUUUUGCACCGAUUUGUUUAUACCGACCUCAUCCGACGAACAUGCCGCCGUGCGCGCGCGCAUCGCAGCCAUGUCCGUUGCAGAUCCGGCUUCACGCGCCCAAUCAGCGAUGCACCCACCAGAGCCUGGCUUGGCGACCGCGCCUCCUCGCAUGCACGGUCGCAAGCGUAGCGGCACGAUUGACCGUGUCUUGCAGUGGUUCAAGGCUGCAGACGAGGAUAACGAACACCCUCCCAGACCCGCACUUCCCCCUCGCGCGGACUCCGAGCCUUUACGCCCAGGCCCUAUCCAUGUUGAUACACUGCUCGACGUGCGCGCACCCGUGUUAGGCGCGCAGACGCUGGAGGCUGCGGCGCGCAUCACCUCCCGAGGAAAGUCCGCUACGAGCGGAAAGGAUGCCGCAGCGGAAGCGGAAGAGGAAACUCGGCGCGUUCUUGCGAAAAUCAACGCACGGAGGGUCAUCCACUCCGAGCAUGGCGGUCUUCACUCACUUGAGGAAGAGGCGCUGGGCCCGCUUGGAUUGCGGGUCCAUCUAGAGCGGGGAAGGCUGGGGCUUAACUCGAACAUCACUGCAGUAGAUGGCACCUGA